CUUUGUUAAAUGUCAAUGGCUUCUUGUUACGUUAACUGGCCGAAUAACUUUGUCUGUCCACGACUUGUCUACCUAGUUGUUACGCGACUCGGCACAAGCUUGAGUUGGCACAAGCUUGGUUUGGUUCGGGCCCAUGCACGACCGCGACCAGCCUGUCCAAUUAGCUGCCUACUAAAAAGCCACCCCACAACAGGAGCAGGGGCCAAGAGGCAAGAACAAGAGAGGAGGGCAAGAGCGGCAGCAGAUCGUCUUGCUCCCGCCACAGAUCUGCUGCUCCUCCUCGCCAUGGGCUCGCUGCUGGAGAACCUCCAGAAGAAGCGGCUGUUCCCUACCAUGCCCUACAAGGACGACCUCCCCACCUUCCGCCCCAACCAGCAGAGCGCGCAGCAGCAGCAGCCGGACGCUCACCUCAUCGGCCUCCGCAAGCGGAUCUCCUCCUUCUCCGUCAAGAUCCAGCCCCUCUCCGCCGACUGGGCCGCCGACUGGGCCGCCUUCCGCCGCUCCCAGUCCGCACCCUCCUUCGGCGACCUCGCCGGCGUCCGCCGCUGGUGGGGCCAGUGCUGGGGCUGGAUCCUGUCGCGCAAGCCGGCGUUCGCCCAGGACAUCGAGAUGAACGAGGAGGAGACCGCGAUGCUGGGCUUCCAGUUCAGGGGCAGCUGGCGCCACAUCCUCCACCGGGUCCGAUCCGAGAUCCGGAAGCUGAUCCGCUCCAACAGCCUCCCCACCACCGACCCCCACGGCUUCAGGUACGAUUCCUUCGCCUACGCCCCAAAUUUCGACGGCGUCUCCAACCCCGGCGCCGCAGCGAAAUCGACCUAAUCGACCGAUCCCAAGCUCAAGAAGCUAUACGUGUUGUUAUUAUUGUUUGCCUGUCUUCCAAAUAUUAGUCCUUAAGCUCCUAUUCUUCAUUGAGUUCUUUACAUAUGAAUCUAUCGCUCAGAUCAGAAAAUGUGAUGAGGGGGCAACUUAAUUAAACCUCUUCCCUCUGCCUGCAUUAAUUGUGACUCUAUCUGUGGACGCUAUGUUCUUUUUUAUUCUUUUUUGAAGCUAUAAAUCAAAUAAGCGAUGUAAAUUACAUUGUGGAAUACAUACGGCUCUUUGUGGAUC